ACUAUUAUCUUAGCCACAUUCUAUAUUUGUGGAACCCAAGUAUUAGAAAGUUUGAGAAGCUUCUAGCUACUCCACAUGGGACGUCUGUUGUUGGACUUGCUUAUAAUUCUCAGAACAAUGACUUCAAGAUUCUGAGACUUCGGUCUUUUCUUGAGGGACCAGCCGAGGCCGAGAUUUACAGUUUGAGUUCAGGAUUGUAAUACCGAUGAAGAUCUUAAGUGGGUAUGAACCCAACUUUGGAACUAUUGAUAAGCUUGAUCCACCUUGUAUAUUUUUGAACGGAGCUUUGCACACUGUAGCAAGGACUAGCCGCGGCCAUUUCGUUCUGUCCUUUGACGUCAAUGAUGACAGCUCCCGUGCGAUAAAAUUUCCUUUUAAUUAUGUGGUUACGAUGUAUCGACUUGCAUUGUUUAAGGAUCCCUAGCUGUUUUCGCUCUUAUGGGUUAUGCAUGGAGGAGUAUGGUGUGGCUGAGUCUUGGACUAAAAAAUAUUCGGUACCAAUGAUUCGGGGUAGUGUUGUUAAUUUCUAUGGCUGCACUGAUAAUGGUGAACUUUUGAUUAAGAAUGCCACUGGGCUGAUUUCAUUUGACCCUGAGAGUCGAAAUCAGAACUUUCUUGCAAUUGAAGAUGCUGAUUGGGUGGGUUUCACGGCUAAUUCAAUGAAGAGCUUGAUUUUACUCGAUGGCGGACGGAAGGGACGGAGAGAAUCUCGGAGAAGGCGAAAAGUGAAGGGUGAGAGGUGGCGUCGGCGACGAGAGGAGCGAGUGCGGAGGCAUGGAGAGACGAAGCUUACUUCACGAACUGCUUGAUCAGGUCCGCUUGCUUUUGCUCUAUGUCCAUUUUUCUUCUUCUUCUCCUUCAAUUUAGGGGUUUUAGGGAUUAGGAUUUUGUGGGUUUUUUUUAGGGUUUGAGGGAUGUCUGUGUAAAAUCUGUAAUGGCGCUACAGAUGGAUACUACUACUGCGUCAGCUUUACAGGUGUCUGUAUUUUAUUUGGUCUUUUUAUGAGGUUUUGUGUAGAGAAGAAUAGUGAGAGAUUAGAGAGAGAGCAAGCCAGGAAGGGAGAAGUGUUUGGAGGCCAAG